AUAUCGCCAUAGGACGUUGAACAGGCGAUGUUUUGAUACCAAACUUUCGGGUUGGAGGUUACAGUAAUUUAGAUAAAAUAAAUUGGAUCACAGAGUUCAGAUAGUGGUAUAAAUAAGACAGACAGUUCCCAGGUGACAGCUAGAGUUUUGCUGACAUAUUGUAUCAGACGCCAUGAUUUAUGAUAAGAUUUGUGGGGUACACAUUGUACUUGUAGCAAUAUUUACAGUUGUAGGUGGAUGUGUUUUGUGGCAAAAUGAUGCUUUCACACAGAGCUACACAUUUAGUAACUGGAAUUUAAUAUCCGGACCCUUUGGCGAGGAGUCUUUGAGUUUUGUUGGCGACCCGGCUGGUACUGGAGAAACAGUCCUAAGAAAUUUCUACAAGAAUGGAUCUUACUCCAAGACCAGCUACCGAGGAGUGGGCUUUUAUGCUGAAAAUCUUGCUGAAGGAAGAAUAUGUGUGAAACUAAGUUACGAUCUGUAUUUUGAACCAAACUUUGAUUUCGUCCGUGGGGGUAAGCUGCCAGGGCUUUGGGGUGGUUCUACCAGGUGCUCUGGUGGUCGUGAUGCACUGGAUUGUUUUACUACUAGAUAUAUGUGGCGUUCCCAUGGGAAUGGAGAAGUAUAUGCCUACAUCCCGGAUAACCAAACAUCAGACUUCUGUACAAGUUCCGACGUCCAUUGUAACUUCCAGUAUGGAAAUUCGCUAGGGAGAGGGUCGUGGAAGUUCGCGAUUGGUCAAUGGUUACGACUUGAACAGGAAGUGAAAUUGAAUGAUCCAUCUAAUCAUAAUGGUUAUGUAAAGGUUUGGCUUAAUGGCACACAAGUUUACGAAAGAAUGGCACUGGUUUUUAGGAACCACAAUAAUAUUAAAAUUGAUGGAAUUACAUUUUCCACUUUCUUUGGUGGAAGUGAUGAAUCUUGGGCGUCAACCGUCGAUACUUACACUUAUUACAAAAAUUUCCAACUCUCUACUUGUGGUGGAUAAAGAUACUUUAACGCAGAAAUGAUUACUACAAGUAAUUUUGAUUAACAUUUUCUUUUAUAAAGCUAAUAUUACCUGUUAAUAAAGUUUAUAGAAGGUGAAA